CUUCACCUCGGUGCUUUAUUUUAGUAAAACAAACGAAGUUAACAAAACUCCUAUCAGUCUCUGAGCUACUUAACCUCGGAAUAGUUUACCUUUUCGGGAAUGAAACGGCUAAGGUGAUCCUGCUUUUUAUCACUGGGAAACUUUUGAAAUGGGGAUUAUUGUGUCCAAAGAGAAUCGAAAUCGUACCAAGAAAGUUCAGCAAACUGCAGCUGUCAUGUCAGCUUUGAAGUUAGCGUCUAAAGAGUCUAAAGAAAAAAACAACCCAACCGCCAACCAAGCACAGGCUAGUCAAACAAGUCAGAUUUUGCAAGAAACGAAACAUGAUAAGGUGGGUGAUGAACAUCUAGACUUCGACAGGGAGCACACAGCGAACUUGAAUUAUGAUACGUCUUCUAUUACAUAUGGUCUCCCAGAGUUAGACGGGGCAGACUAUCAUGCUUACAGCAGUGGAACUACAGGAUACUGGGACAAAAGUGACAAGGCUGUUGUCAGUAUUCCUUCCUUUGGAGCUUGGAAACGCAGGGUAGAGAAUGAAGAACUCUGCUCCCUCUGUGGUGUUUAUACAGGUGUUGAAGUCCAUCCUUGCCGCGUCUGUUGUAAAGUAUUUCAUGAGCUCUGCUUAAAGAAGAAGGGUAAACUGUAUGGGAAGACAGAAUUGGAAGCCUUCAGAAAAGCAAAUACGGACAAAGGAUGGAGUUGUCAUGACUGUGAAAGUUUAACAUCUCUAUUAACUGAUGAAGAAAUGCAACAAUUGAUAGAGAAUUUUGAUAGGCUUGUCAAUCAAGACACACAGAUAAAUGAGGAUGAAUAUGUUCGAUACCAAAAAAUCCAGUACAAAGACAUUCACAAGGAACAAAUGCCAAGCUACAUGGAAGAAGAGACACGCAAUGAGUUUAAACAAAUAGACAAGGAUCAUACUGGUACAAUUGACUGGUGGGAAUUCCUUAACCAUGAGGCUCUUAAAAGUAUUGCAAAGAACAGGAGUAAGUUUCAGCUAGUAAGGAUGUUAUCACCCAUUGAGAUACAGAAGGCCAGAGAUAUUUUCCAUGCAUUUGAUAAGGAUGAAGAUGGCUACAUCAAUUCCCAUGAGGUAGCUGUGGGGUUUACCAGAUGGUUUGGCAACUUGAGGGUAUUUGACCACAGCAAUCCGAGAACAGGAGGUGGAAGUAGUUCAUUUGGAAGACCUCUUGAUCCAAAGGAUGUUUCAGGGCACAUUGAUCGCCACUCAAGGAUGUUCAUGGAUGCUGAUACUGAUAAUAACAGACUGGUUUCUUGGGAUGAGUAUUUAAGAGAGCAAGCUCUGUAUAUUUUAGCUGCCAGACCAAAUAUCUAGUUGCUAGUGGUCAACAACAGACUCACACUUAAUCCAGUGAUACAGUCUGUUGCCCAGUCUCCAGUCAGUUCAAACUGCAGUCACUUUUACUUCUGGUCUGCACAUGAAAGAUUCUAUUUUUCUUUUAAUAUAAUGAAAAUCUUUGCAAAAGUUUGAAUUUAAGUUUCCUAGUUUUCAACCAACUACAGUAAUUUAAGACUUUGCCUUCAUUACACAUUCACUUUGUGUUUUCGUUGUUUGGAGAAAAUCAAUAUACCUGCCACUCAAUGCAUUUGCAAUAAUUUGUUUUUUGUUUUAUAUGCACAAAGUGACAUGAUAGCAACUGUACUAUCUAAUGGGUUUUCAUUCCAAGGGGUGAAGGCUGAGGACAACUACGCAUGACACAACUCAUUCAGUUCUUUAAAAUCUAUGAAUUAAAAUACUUUUUGAGCACUGUACCUUUUAGUGAUGGGAAAUAGACAGGGAAAAGUUUAAUUGUCUUUAUAUUAAUUUAUCACUUUUGAAAUUGAAUAACAGCUACAAUCUAGCUAGUACGUGAUAACAGAUUUCCUAAUCACUUUCAUCUUUCAUGAAAAAAAUUGUCACUCCUUGGGUUUCUCCUUUUUGUGCUGUAGCUUAGGAGUCCAACAAAAAGGGCAAAUAUUAGGGGCUUAACUUCUGGACCAAAACAUACACACACAAAAACUGAUUAUGUGAUUGCUGGAAUAUUAAGAAUUUUUUGGAAUAUUUCUUUGUACAUCAAUUAAAAAGCCAGUAACUUUUGGCUGAAGACAGGGGAACACACUAUAAGUUGAAUGACUGGUGUGCAAAGUUACUGUUUUCGAAAACUACACAGUGCCUGAAAAAAACGAAUUUGUAACUUUAUAAGUAAUUUAUUUAUAAUAAAAGGUGGAUGAAUUGUCAUGAUA